GGUCGACAUAGCUCCGCCUAGCGGACAGAUUCAAGAUCAAUCCACAUCCAGUCGGUUAGUCAGAGUCAGAGUCAGACAUGUCUGAGCCGAGCGGUGCGUCAGUUUAGUUCAUUCGUAUUUACCAGUUUCAGUUUCAUUAUUAAUUAUAUUUGGUAUAUAAUUGUUUCUCAAUGGAAGAAGAUAUCAUUGCAGCAAUUUUUAAACGAAGAGCUAUUUGGGAUCCAACUGAUAAAAUGAGGAAAAACGCGAAAAUGUUAACAACAUUAUGGAACCAAGUAGCAGAAGAAACAGGAGUUGAUAAUAAGAAUGGAAGCAAGCAGCACGAAAUCGCAGUCAAGUAGCAACCAACCGGAGCCGUCUAAGCCACCCCUCAGCAGGCAGUUGUCGCAACAGGACAGACCGCCUCCAGAGCCAUCUGCCGCCCCCAAGUCGACGGCCCCCACGGCACAGCAGCAGCGACAACAGGCCACCUUCAAGCAGCAGGGAUCCAUCAGGCAGCUCAGUCAUGGACAUCCACAUCAUAAUAUGGAUGGUGUGGAGGUGGAAACAGGGGGCAACAACCAAGGGGCAGGGGGCGUUUUCCCCGAGGCAGGCAGCUGGCUGUGUUGCUUGCCCUGUGCCUGGCUGAGGGGCAAUGCAAGCGUGCACAAGGCGUCACUCACAGUCGCCAUGCUGCUAGUCAUGUCACUGCUGGUCGCAUCACCCGUCCUCUUCCUAAUCAGCAGCGCGCCUGGUGGUGAUGUCAUCAACAAUUGUCAUGCAUUGGACGACGAGGAGCCUUGCAACAGCAACAACGCGGUGUGCCAAUCAAACGCGUGUCGCGAGGCGGCUGAACGCGUGAACGCGGCGCUCAAGUGGUCAGCUGACCCCUGCAAGGACUUCUAUCAGUUCGCGUGUGGCGGCUGGGGCAGGCAUCAGGCCCUGACUGCUCUACAGGAGCGUGUCGACAAUGAUCUCAGACAUUUAUUGAGCGAGGCAACAUCAGGAACUUUCAAGAAGCUGGGUGAUUUCUAUCAGAGCUGUGUGGGUGCCGAGAGUAAUUCUUUGCUGUCACCUAUGUUCGACCUGCUAGACUCGUUGGGCGGCUACCUGCCUCCGUCUUCACAGGGCUUUGUCGACGUGAGCCUCCUGCUGGGCCGCCUGCUGCGGGUGAACGGUGCACCCAUGUUCGACGUCUACGUGGACCGCGACCUGCAGAAUGGCACACGACAUGUCAUCUUCGUCGACCUGCCGCGGCGCUUCGGCCAUACCAGUCGACUGUUUCACCGUCCUUAUGAUGUAGAUGACUUACCGACAUUCUCAAGCAGAGAGAAGCGAUAUACUGAUGAGAGUCGAGCUUAUAUUUACUUGAAGGACAGCUCCGAAGAACGAAGAUUGCUGACGAUGGAAAGCCUAAUCCAGAAAUUCCUGCCAGCCACAAUGGACAAAGAUCAGAAAGUGAAAGAGUCCCACAGCACCCUGCUCUUCGCUUCCAUGCUAAGUAAGUUAUAUCCAAGAGCCAAAGAAAUAGCGCAUCGUUUACAGCAUGACGAUUCAUAUGAAUAUCUCAACCUGACGCAGUUGCAGAAAACUUAUAGUUUUGUACAGUGGAAGCCGCUAUUCGAGCAUGUUUUCUCUACAAGUAUAUCCUCGUCGGAUACCAUCUAUGUGAUGGCUCCAGUCUACAUGCAACACCUCGGUCAUCUGCUUUCUCACUUUCAGACAAGGGUGAUGCACAACUCUCUGCUGCUGAUCUACGCGACUGACAUCCUGCAUGAGUUGGUGAACUCGACGACCAGCAACCGGUCGCUGUUCUGUGUGCGCGUGGCUGCCUCCGUCUACAGCCACGCCGUCUCCGCCAUGUAUGUCACGCAGUACUCACCCAACUACAUUCAGCAGCUGGGUGAUCGGGUAAGAGAAAUGUUCAAUAAGCUGAAAGGCACGUUGGAGAAGAGGCUGAGAAGCGUUUCGUGGAUGGAUGACGAGACAAGAGUGAAGGCACUGAAAAAGCUGGCUGCUCUCAAAGUAGAAUUCGCCACCUGGCCUCAACUCUCCAAUCAAACGUUUCUUGACAGUCUUCUACAGGAUGUUGACGUAUCGCGUGAAGACUUUUUCGGAAAUGUUAUCAACAGAUACAGGCAGAUGCGAACGUACUCUGUUGAUUUUCACAAAGAGCCUUCAUCGGAUAAAAAGUGGGCAUUCCCAUUCAUCGUCAAUGCGUUCUAUGAAGUGACACUAAAUACAAUAGUGAUUCCACUCUCGCUGCUGACGCAGCCCUACUUCCGCAGCGACAUGCCUCACUAUAUCCAGUACAGCACAGUGGGGCUGAUAGUGAGCCACGAGAUAGUGCACGCAUUCGACGCACUAGGUGCAAGGUGGGGCGAGGGGGGCGAGCACCAUGAGUGGAUGUCGGCCAGCAGUCGGCUGCGACUCGAAGCCCGACUGCAGUGCAUCGCCAACCAGUAUGCGGCCAGCUUCAGGCGCCAGGUCGCUUUCAGGGGUGUGCCUAUCGAGAUUCAGUUUGAUUGGAAUAUCACCAGGAACGAGAACAUGGCAGACAUAAGUGGCUUGCAGAUGGCAUACGAGACAUGGCUUCGGUUGCAAGACAAGCACAGGGACCCCAGUUUGUCCACUUUGAAUUUAAAACCGACUCAACUAUUCUUCCUACAUGCUGCUCAGGUGUAUUGCAUAGAUAUAUCGCCAGAAGACUACAUUGUACUGGUCGAGAAGGAUUUCCAUACGCCAGCACCAGAAAGGGUCAACGGAAUCAUGAUGAACUCUCAAGGAUUUUCGAAUGCCUUCAAGUGUUUGAUCGGAACGAAAAUGAAUCCAGCUAAAAAGUGUUCAACCUAUUGAAUGAAGUACGGUAAUAGUCCAAAUGACAAUAUUCCAAUAAUAAUUGAUUGUCAGUCAGUGAUUGUAACACCAUUAGUUAUACAGGCGAUGAUCAUUUUAUAAAUAGUAUAUAAUUUGUAUAUCUGUGAUAUUUCAUUGUAAGCAAUAAUAUUUAGAAUAAUAUACCUCUGUUAUUGCUGAGGAGUCUACCUUGGUGCUUUGAAUUGAACAUUUUUUAAUGAUGAUUGGAAAUCCAUGAGAAAAUAUUUAUUUUAUAGUAAUUAUUGAUUUCUCUUGGGUGUGAGAAUUUUUAUAGAUAAUCCGAUUUUAUAAAAGAACAAUAAACAUUCCAGUUACAAUACUGUUGAAUCAAUCCUGAAACAGUUAUAUUCAUGUAAUUUGAAACCAGUCCACGACUCAAUAAUAAUUUAAACUUGGAGAAAAGAUAGCUUUGGUAUUUUUCAAAAAAUGACUUUGGAGUUGACAGGUCCAUAUUCAGCACGUCCGCCUAUUAUUCACAUGCUGCCAACAUAUAUAAAUUAUUUAAAUAAAUGCUGGUAUCAAAGAAUUUAGUGAUUGAGUAGUUUUAUGAUGUUCUUAAGAAUAACAUUUUUCUAACAUUAAUCAAGAUCAAUAAAACAAUGUGUGAAAGUAUUCUCAUCAACUCUAAACACUGAACUAUUUUUUUUAAAUAGGCUACCUAUAUUAAUUAUCAAUUAUAAAGAAAUAUAUAAACUUAUGAAUAAGAUUCUACCCAUUCAAGUUGAUUUGAUAAGAUUGAACACCAAAGAAUCAGAUUUUGAAAUGAUUUAAUUUUAUAUUGACGACAUUGCGAUUUUAUGAGAAGUUUUAGGCGAUUCUACCCAAUCUUAGCUGAAGCAGUCGAUUUUUAUUCAAGUGAUGUAUGUUAAAAAAGUUGACUAGAUAUUUAUAUUAUAUCAAUGAACGUACUCAUAAACGUAUGCACCGUAUGGUUGAGUGAUUUUAGUCAUAAUUUCAUUUGUGUCUGAAAACAACUCGUCUACAUGCAAUCUAUUGUAAAUCAGAAUUUGAAAAUGUAUUCGCCACAGUAGAUAGAGAAUGAAUUUGGUACAUCAUUCUACAGAAAAUGUAUUUGCCACAGUAGAUAAAUAAUGGAUUUGGUUCAUCAGUUUGAAAAUCCUAUCCUUUGAAUUGUAGCCUUCCAAGUUGUGUAUCUUUGUCUGGUUCCAACUCAAAACAAUGAAAAUUCAAUGAAUUAUUUCCGUUGAAAGAAGUUUUAGAAUUUUAGGUAUCUUUACUUGAAAGUUGCAAUACAUGAUGAUAGAUAGAAUUAUUUAGAAGUCUGAAGAAUAAUAUUAUGAUUUUGUCAUGCUGAAACCGAGCUUAUUAAUGAAUAUAUUGCUCAAUGAAAAUUGAAAAUUGCACGUUUCAACAUUAAAAUGUACCUACUAAUUAUGUAGGUACAUAAUUAGAUUAUUCAUUUAAUUAUUUUCCGAAAUAGGAAUCACUGGUGUGGUGAAGUAUUAACCCCUGUAUAGUAGCCCAACUAUGCGGUACUCUAUAGACACCGGUAUGUCAUCAAAUCAAUGACUUAUGUAGAUACGCCAAUCAAUGUAUUGUUGAAAAUGUUACGGUACCUUUGAAGUAAUUUAGAAAAGUAAAAUAUUAUAUGGCUAGUGGUGAGUAUCUAUCUGUAUAAUUUUUAACUGAAUUAAAAUAAAAAUGGAUAUGAGUAGCAUGAUAUUAAAUUUACGUUUCAUACAAUAUUGUUAUAAUUAUUUGAAAUAUAAUUACACAAUAGAAACAAAACAUUUCCAAAGUCUAUCUUAUUUACCCUAGAUUGUUUUUUUUUUUUUUUUUGUAGUAGAGACCUGUUAGGAGAAUGCAUUUAUUGAAUACACUCAACUGUGCAAAAAUUAACUAGGAAUAUUAUUAUUGUUGCCUUUAUUUUAUCAUAUUUUAGAUACGGUAUUUCAAGAUAGGCUAUUAAUAUAUGGCAGUUGUCGACAGUAUAACAUAUUUAAAACAUGUAGUUAAAUGAGAUACCUGUACAAUAUAACUUUAAAAAACUUUACUAAAAGAUUUUCAUGCUGUUUUGUAUCAGAAAUUGAGUUACUUAUCAGAAACAUUAUUUUGUACCAGUAUGAAAUCUUGUAGUUUUGCUGAUGGUUUUUAGUCAAUCUAUCUGUGUUUUUCUCAUUUGUAGGUAUUCAUAAUGUAGGGUUUUUAUUGUAAUUAAGCAGUAGUUACCAAAAACUGUACUUCCAGUCAAUUUGUUGUAUCCAUUAAUAUAUUUAUACACGUUUUUGAAAAUGCCAUCCUAUUAUCGGUUUUAAAAUGUGCAAUAAAUUGAAUUGCAUUUCAUGAUUAAUUCAAUUAUUGAAAAGAGAUCCUUUCUCCGAUUCAGGCAUUUACCUUAGAAAAUUGAUGAUUUUAGAGCUUUUUCCACUAUUACUAUUGUCACUCAUCCAAACCUCUUGAUGCAGAUAGUAAGCAUAAUGAUUGGAUUAUAAGCAAAAUUAUUGUAAUUUACCACCUAUUACCUAACAACGUAAGUGCCAAGUGAAGAAAUCAAAGAAAUAAUGUAAUAGAUUGUUAUUCAGCAAAGAAACAGCAAUAAUUUUUUACUGCCUGUAAUAAGAUUAUGAAUCAUUGUUUGUAAUGAUAAUUAUUGUAAUAAUGUUGAAAGCUAAUUGAUUACAUGAAAAGAUUUGAAACAUUAA